AUGCUGCCACUCGCAGCUCAGCUUGCCCGGCCGUCCGCUGCGUUCGCUCCUGCCAUCGCCGCCCGCUUCAUCGCUUCCCAGCAAUCCGCGGCGCCAACUCCACGGCGCGCGUAUGCGACGACACCAGAGGCGGUCAAGGAGUUGCAACAGAAGCAGGCGAGGCUCAUGGAGAAGAUGAGCCGCCGGAAGCAGAGUGCCAACCUCGCCAUGACUUCUGCUGUUCCCAUCUUCGCGAACUACAUCCCUCCGCGAGGCCGGCGUGUGAUCCCCGCCGACUCGCCUUACAACUGGCGGACAUACAUGUGGCACGAUGUCGUGCAGUGGGUGCAGUCGUUCAGGGUAGCGUUGCGGUGGAGGAAGCUGCUCGGCAAGGGAUGGAAGCGAGAGUUCAACUUCCGGGCGUUGGAAGCGUACACGGCAACGCAUCAGGCUCUGGCAUCGGGGAAAUACGACUCGCUCCGCAAGUACGCAUCGAGUGCGGUUGUCGAGGAGGUCAAGGCGCAGCGUGAUCGGAAACUCCAGGGUCUUGCGCUCGACUGGAAGAUGCAUCGCGUGGUCGAACAGAAGAUCCUGUGCAUGCGCGAGCAGGAGAUCUUCAAGAAGGACGAGUUUGUUGGACAGGUUGCUGUGCGGUUCACGACUCUCCAGAGUCUCGAGAUUCGCGACUUCCGUGGGCGGCUGAUCGGCGACGGCUCGCACGAUGCGCCGAAGGAAAUUUCCGAGGUCUACAUCCUCCAGCGGGAUAUGUGGCGGCCAGAGGACGACUGGAAGAUCGUCAAGCGCAAGGCAAAGGAGACGGACACGCUCGCGGAUCCCAUGGCCUCGCCUUGA